UUCAGGCCAAACGAGACCGGCGAAAAGCUGCAGAUGAUGACUUCGCAAAAUCGACUCCCGCAACUGAGGAAGGACGCGAUCACGGGGCGGUGGGUGGUUUUCUCGCCGGCGAGGGCCAAACGGCCCUCCGAUUUCAAGUCCAAAGCCCCGGCCACCGCCUCCGACCAUCGCGGGCGGUGCCCCUUCUGCUCCGGCAACGAGCACAUGUGCGCCCCGCAGAUCUUCCGGGUCCCGCCCGACCCAAGCUCCGACUGGAAGAUCCGGGUCAUCGAGAACCUCUACCCCGCGCUCGACAGGAACCUCAAAGAUGCCGACUUCGACGGCGGCGGCGGCGGCGGCGGCGGCGACGCCGACGUGUUGCGCGGGUUCGGGUUUCACGACGUGGUGAUCGAGACCCCCGACCAUUCGGUGCACCUCAGCGAUUUGUCGCCGAGGGAGGUCGGCGACGUGAUUCUCGCGUACAAGAAGAGGGUCGAGCAGCUAUUGACCUUCGAUUCGAUCAAAUACGUACAGGUUUUCAAGAACCACGGGGCAUCGGCCGGGGCAUCUCUAAGUCAUUCUCACAGCCAGAUAAUAGCUCUUCCCAUUGUCCCUUCCAAUGUUUCGGCUCGGAUCGAGUGCCUGAGGGAGCAUUUCCAUCAGACAGGGAAGUGUUGUCUCUGUGAAGUCCCAUCGAAUGAACUUUUGAUUGAUGAGUCGGCUCAUUUCGUUUCAUUUGUUCCCUUUGUGGCCUCAUCCCCUUUUGAGAUAUGGAUUGUGCCGAGGGAUCACUCUCCUCAUUUCCACGAACUAGAUGAUAACAAGGCUGCUGAUCUUGGAGGCCUGCUGAAACUGAUGCUUAGGAAGAUAUCUAUUCAGUUGAACGAUCCGCCGUUCAAUUUCAUGAUCCAGACUUCUCCGGUCCACACUUCCGUGUCCGAACUGGGUUCUACUCAUUGGUAUUUGCAAAUAGUACCACAGCUAACUAUUGUGGCGGGUUUUGAAGUUGCCACGGGUUGCCACAUAAAUCCAGUUUUCCCGGAGGAAGCUGCAAAAGUUUUAAGGGAAGUCCAUGUCCAGAUGUAGUUGGUGAAUGAAAUGCAUUACUAACUCAGAUUGGCUGAUGCGCUACAUGGUGGACACGCAUGGGGUUGGGUCUGCAUCGGGCACGAAUGAAAGUGACAUUAACCCAA